AUGUCAGAUAGAGUGAAGCUAGUUAUCGUAGGUGGAGGUGCAGCAGGUUUACUCAUCGCAAUGAAGUUGGCCAAAACAAGAGGCAUUGAAAUGACACUCAUUGACUACAAAACGUUUUAUGAGUAUACACCCGCACUCUGCUCUGUAUUGUUUGAAAAGACAGAUGAAAGUUUUGUACAGCAUUUUAAAAGUAUCACAUUUGAUUAUGAGCCUUAUCUGACCAAGUUGGGCGUCAAAUUUGUAUUGGGAAAGGUGAAGUCUAUUCAGUCAGAUGAAAUUUCUUUAAUGGAUAAAGCGGAACCUAUUCAAUUUGACUACGCUGUCAUAUGUACGGGUUCCAGUUAUGCAGAGCCUUGGAAAACAAUGACGCCUGAAGAAACAAAACCUUCUUUAUCAGUCAACGAGCGGUUUGAAUACUUGAGCCAGCAACGACAACGAUAUAAGCAAGCGCAGGAUAUUUUAUGCAUUGGAGGAGGACCUGUGGGCGUUGAGACGGUCAUGGAAAUAGCUUAUAGAUCGCCUACGAAAAGUCUCACUCUGAUCGAUACUAAACCUAUUGUAUUAUCGAGUGCUCCAGGUCAUUUAGGUAGUUAUGCUCAAAAGAUCCUACAGUCCAAGCCUUCCAUUCGUUUGAUCAAUGAAGAGAAAAGUGAAAAGGUUGAUAAUAGCAACAGCAGUAACAACAACAACAACAACAACAACAAAUCAAUAUAUGUAACAGAUAAAACCAGGACAAGGUUGGAAGCAGAUUUAGUUUAUAAUUGCAUUGGCGUCACCCCCAACUCAAAUUUCAUAGAUCCAUCUUGGCUGGAUGAUAAAAAGCAAGUGCGUGUCAAUGAGUUCUUUCAAGUAACAUCAGUAGCAGACGGUAAUGUGUAUGCAUUGGGUGAUGUCAGUUCUAUUGAGGACCCUAAAAUGUUUUAUACAGCUCACAUACAAGCUGUUCACUUUGCCAACAAUAUGCAGCGUAUUUUGAAAAGUGAAGGUGAGGGACGGCAACGGCACAAGACACUGCUGCCUUAUCAUGGUGUUCGCCCUAAUAUGGUUGUCUCAAUGGGUCCUACGCAUGCUGUCGCUCAUGUGAACGGCCUGAAUUUGACGGGUUGGCCUAUUUGUGAGAAGGAGGGAAGUAGAAUAGCAGCGUGGACAAAGCAUUGUAUUGAACGCAUCACGAUGAAUGAUUUUGGUUUAAAAGUUCCGGCCAACACUCUACUCUAUUAUACUCAGGAAAAGAGCUUUGGUGGGAUAUUGGGCCAUAAGCACUCAUCCUAG